AAUAAGAUAUUAGCAUUACCGUUCCCCCAACUCACCAACGGAUUGUAUCCGAACUUGCAAAUGCACUCGACUCGGUUGAUUUUUCAAUAAAAAUCAUAAAUUAAGGCGCCUUGCAGACAGGCGCUGAAUUUAUAACUGCCAAUAGCGAACUCAAUUUGCACAGCACGCCAUUGGAUAUACUCGUAUUGUAUUGGGCCAUUGAUGAACAGAGCCCCCAGCACCAUAACUCCAAUCCUCGAACCGUCUAACAAGCACAAGCAACCAUUGCUGCGCGGCUUUUCUCAAGCGCGCUUAUCGCCACAUUUGAUUCGCUCUUUUGGACGCUGCGAAUUGGGUCACUCGGGAAAAUGUGCACCAACAACAAAGCGCUGGUAUUCAUUCAGCCGAAUAGUCCAUUUUUAGUCACCAUUGCUGCUCUCUGCCUGUGCCUGGCCUUUGCCGCGGGUCAACAGUACUUUAUAGAACAAUUUCCCUCGCGCGGACGCUUCGCCUAUGAUCCCCUCUCCUUGGCACAACCCUCAGCAGCGCAGGUGCGCGAUCCUCGCCAGAAUAGAGGACCUGUUGUGUUCCCACCCUCGCCCCCAGAUGCAAUUGAGGAGUCGAGCGGUGUAGUUGUGGGCGCCUCCGGCUAUGGCUUUGUGCCACCACAGCAAAGAACAAUCUUCGGUUAACCGCACACCCACUCCCACACAUCCGCCACAAUUGAAACCACCAAGUCAUUUGUAAAUAAUUAACACAAAGCUUUGCAAACAAAAUCAUAAACACACCUAGGCAAACGCACCGCCGGAAACGGAAAUGUGCACCACAGCCAAUAACAAUAAUCUAACGCACAAACCAACCAGCCAACCAUAUAAAUAAUCAACAGUCCAACCAACCAACCAACCAGCAAACCACCCAUCCACCCACACACUAACUAUCCAAUGCACACUCAUGCACUUCGAAAGAAAACCACACACUUUUUAAAAGGCCAAGCUUUGAUUUAUGGUGCACAAGCUAACGUGACCAACACAAGAGCAAUAACAAAACUAAAUACUUAAUUAAGCAUUACCUAGUUUAAUUAGCGUAAAGAGCAUUUUACAAUAAUAAUUUAAUUGUUACCUUAAUAGAAAAACACCAAUUUUCGAUCGCUUUUUAUAUUAUUAUUUUAUUUUUAUCCCAAUCUUAUUGUUUGCCCUGUUUUGUUUUUAUUAUUUUCGUGUUAUUUUUACAAAAUAUACCCAAAUUUUAAAUAAAAAUCAAUGGUACCCAUUA